AUGUCCCAGCAGAAGAACAACCCUCUCCUCGAGCAGUUCCGUAAGGGCUACAAGCAGCCAGUGCAGGACCAGCCCGGCGCGCCUGGAUUGCAGGAGAAACUCGACCCCCAGCCGUUGGACGAUGUGACCGCUGACGGGAAGCCAUAUAAGGCUGCGAACAAGCUAGAGGGCAAGGCAGCUCUCAUCACCGGCGGCGACAGUGGAAUCGGACGAGCCAUUGCGCUCCUAUAUGCUCUUGAGGGUGCCGACCUGACUUUGACGUACCUUCCGCAAGAGGAGAAAGAAAUAAAAGACGUCGAAGCCCGCAUAAACGCCAAGACCGGCGGCAAGCUCAAGGUCGUCACCAUCGCUGCCGACGUCCGCAAAGAAUCAGUGUGCCAGGAAGUUGUCAAGAAGCAUCUGGAGGCUCACGGCCGACUGGACGUCCUCGUCCUCAACCACGGCACCCAGGAGUCCAACACCGAGCUCCCCACGCUACCAACCGAGCAAUGGCACAACACGUUCGACACCAACCUCCACUCCUUCUUCUACUUCUGCAAGGCCGCUCUCCCAAACAUGGGUCCCGGUGGAAGCAUUAUUUUCAACGCGUCCAUCAACUUUGCGGUCGGGCAUCCUGAGUUGAUCGAUUACACUGCGACUAAGGGCGCCAUGAUCGGCCUAGCUCGCGCACUGAGCAACCAAGUUGCCGGUGAUGGCAUACGCGUCAACGCUGUGGCUCCUGGUCCCAUCUGGACGCCGCUAAUUCCUGCCACAAUGACGAAAGAAUCAAAAGAGUCUUUCGGCCAGUCGGUACCCAUGGGUCGCGCCGGCCAGCCAAUCGAAGUUGCUACUUCGUUUGUUUUCCUCGCCAGCGCAGACUCGAGUUAUAUCAGUGGACAGGUCUUCCAUGUCAACGGUGGCGUCGUCAUCAAUUAG